AUGUUUAACUACAGUAACAAUUCCUUAAUUGAUUACAAUGAAUCGAUACCAAGUGCAGUAAAAUUCUGGCUAUAUCUUAUCUUGCUUAUUCCAUCAAUUAUUUGUUCAGUAUUUGUCCUCUGUCAUCUUUUGUGGAAGCGAAGUUUACGUCAUGCUCUUCAUAAUCGUGCUAUUGUGAUUUUUCUUUUCAUUUGUUUAAUUCAUGAAAUAACAAUUUACCCAUGGAUGCUUCAUUUUUAUAACAUGGAAGGUAUAUGGAAAAGAACAACUCUCUUUUGUACUGUCUGGUUAUUUAUUGACUGCGGACUCUAUUAUACUCAAACAAUACUCUUUGCAUGGGCUACAAUUGAAAGACAUAUUCUAAUCUUUCAUGAUAAAUGGAUUUCAACAAAAAAGAAACGUUUACUAGUACAUUAUCUGCCUUUACUCAUAUUAGUUCUCUACUGUCUCAUCUACUAUAUUGUUGUCACAUUUUUUCCACCUUGUGAAAAUAUUUUUGAUGCUUAUAGUAUGAUUUGUAUCGAGCUUUGUUUAUAUGCAUCUUCUUCAUCACUUUACACGUACGAUACAAUAGUUCAUCAAGUUUUACCGAUUUUAACUAUUGUUGGAUUUAGUAUUGGUUUAUUAAUACGUAUUCGAUUGCAAAAGCAUCAUAUAGGUCAAUCGUUAAAAUGGCGAAAACACUGGAAAAUGACAGUUCAAUUGUUAUUGGUCUCAGUCAUUUAUCUUAUAUUUGGUUUACCAUUAAUAGUAACAAGCGUUUUGCAUCUGUGUGGUGUACCACUUGAUGUAACCGCGAAAUUUAGAGAAUAUGCACGAUUUUUGAAUGAUUGUACAAUGAUUCUUUGUCCUAUUGUUUCUGCUAUAUCAUUACCUAAAUUAAGAAACGAAAGGCAGAACACGUUACGAGUACGACAUCGAGUAAGAGCUAUCGCACCAGUAACAUAG